UCGAAUUGAAGAAGCUAGAAUUUGUAUAUAUGGACACUGUUUGUAUUCUAAUAUACAUGAUUCUCUUUCUCACUACUCUUUUCUCAUAUCCCUCCAUAAAGAAACAAAAGAAGAAACCUGAAAGUGCAGCUGAGCUUCCUCCAGGCUCAUUAGGGUGGCCUUAUAUUGGAGAAACUCUCCUUCUCUACUCUCAAGACCCAAACGUCUUCUUUGCUUCUAAGCAAAAAAGAUAUGGAGAAAUAUUCAAAACCCACAUACUUGGCUGCCCAUGUGUUGUGCUGGCUAGCCCUGAAGCUGCCCGAUUUGUGCUAGUGACUCAUGCUAAUUUGUUCAAGCCUACGUACCCCAAGAGUAAAGAGAGGAUGAUUGGCCCUUCUGCUCUCUUUUUCCACCAAGGAGACUAUCACACCAAACUCAGGAAGCUGGUUCAAGGCUCUUUGUCCCCCGAGACAAUCCGGAAACUUGUUACCGAUAUCGAAGCCAUCGCCAUUUCCGCCUUGGAGUCAUGGGCCGGCACUCAAGUGGCCGUCAAUACCUUUCACGAGAUGAAGAAGCUCUCUUUCGAUGUGGGAAUUCUUUCUAUCUUCGGUCAGUUGGAAGGAAAAUAUAGAGAAAAGUUGAAGGAGAAUUACUGCAUGGUAGAUAACGGUUACAAUUCUUUUCCAAUAAACCUACCUGGCACUGCAUAUUCUAAGGCACUCUUGGCAAGGAAAAGGCUAAGUGAGAUUGUGAGUGAGAUAAUUUGUGGAAGGGAGGAGAAGAAACUACUGCAGAAGGAUCUCUUGGGGUAUUUGAUGAACUCCAGGGGUGAAAGGGGGCAAACAGCUUUAACCAAGCAUCAAAUCGCCGACAACAUCAUCGGAGUAUUGUUUGCUGCUCAAGACACAACAGCUAGUGUCCUGACAUGGAUCCUCAAAUACCUCCAUGAUGACCAUAAACUUCUUGAAGCUGUAAAGGCUGAGCAAAAUGCAAUAUAUGAAGCGAAUGAUGGAGGGAAGAAGCCCUUGACAUGGGCUCAGACUAGGAAUAUGCCACUUACAUAUAGGGUUAUAUUAGAGAGCUUGAGGAUGGCCAACAUCAUAUCUUUCACCUUUAGGGAAGCAGCGGUUGAUGUAGAGUACAAGGGAUAUCUCAUUCCAAAAGGGUGGAAAGUACUGCCACUGUUCAGGAAUAUUCAUCAUAAUCCAGAAUAUUUCCCAGAUCCUCAAAAGUUUGAUACAUCUAGAUUUGAGGUAGCUCCAAAACCCAAUACUUUCAUGCCAUUUGGCAACGGAGGGCACUCUUGUCCCGGCAACGAGCUUGCCAAGCUAGAGAUGCUCAUUUUGAUCCACCAUCUAGUAACCAAGUUCAGGUGGGAGGUGGUGGGAUCUCAAAGUGGGAUUCAGUAUUGCCCUUUCCCAGUCCCUAAGCAUGGACUCCCAGCCAAAUUUUGGAAAGAGCCCAAUAGUCCCAAGCAAGAUGUUGUGUGUCCCUAGUUAUCUAAAUCAAAUUGGAUAGAGAUUUUAAUUAAGUAAUUUUGAUGGGCGGAUUGUUAGUAAUUCGGCUGGUAAAUGUAAGAGAGUCUUUAUGAAAUUUACUUGUCUGAUAGGUCUCUAGACUCUGGUAGCUCGAUCACCCCUCUGUUCAAAGGGUGGGCCCAUAAAAACUGUCUCACAUUUGUUGUCUAGAUUACCAACAAAUUAGGAAUGAGAUCCAAUUAAACCUCCUAUUUUACAAUGGAGGUUUCUAUCUAAGAUGUCUCUCAUGUGAUAUCUUAUUUCCAUUUGGACUCUAAUGUGAUUUAAUUAGAACUAGCUAUGAAUUGGUAAUUUGGAUGUGACUAUGUAUGACAAAAGAGAGAAUUUCACUGGGAAACUUUUUCUCUCUAAUCUAUGAUCUCUUUCUAUUGUUUCUCUAAUAUAUAUUGUACUCUUAGAAUU